AUCUCCCCUCCCCCCUCUGUCACACAUCUCACCCCCUCCUCCCCUCCUGUUUUCCUCUCCCUCUCCCUCUCUCUUGCUCUGCCUCUCCAGUAUUUUCUCGGUCGCCGUGAAAGGCAGAACACACACACACAGGCGGCAGGAUGUCGAUCGUCAGUAUUGUUGCCAGGGAGAUCUUGGACUCCCGGGGAAACCCCACUGUCGAAGUGGACCUUCGCACAGAGAAAGGUCUGUUCAGGGCUGCGGUGCCCAGCGGAGCAUCCACAGGGAUAUACGAGGCUCUGGAGCUCCGAGAUGGCGACAAGAGCCGCUACAAGGGCAAAGGUGUUUUGAAGGCAGUCGGGCAUAUCAACGAUACCCUGGGUCCCGCCCUUUUAGCUUCUGGCAUCAGCGUGGUGGAGCAGGAGCAGCUGGAUAACAUGAUGAUCGAGAUGGACGGCACAGAAAACAAAUCUCAGUUUGGGGCCAACGCCAUCCUUGGAGUGUCUCUAGCCAUCUGUAAGGCCGGUGCAGCAGAGAAAGACGUCCCCCUGUACCGCCACAUCGCUGACCUGGCCGGAAACACGGAGCUGGUGCUGCCGGUUCCUGCCUUUAAUGUGAUAAAUGGAGGUUCCCAUGCAGGUAACAAACUGGCCAUGCAGGAGUUCAUGGUUCUUCCUGUUGGAGCUGAAUCUUUCAAGGAAGCGUUGAGGAUAGGAUCGGAGCUGUACCACACACUGAAGGGGGUGAUCCAGGAGAAAUACGGCCAGGAUGCCACCAAUGUGGGAGACGAGGGAGGAUUUGCUCCCAACAUCCUGGAGAACAGUGAGGCUCUGGACCUGCUGCAGACGGCCAUAGAGAAGGCCGGCUUCACGGACAAGGUGGUGGUCGGGAUGGACGUGGCCGCCUCAGAGUUUUACCGCGAGGGGAAAUACGACCUGGACUUCAAAUCCCCACCAGAUUCAGAGAGACACAUCUCUGCAGAGGAACUGGCUGACAUCUACCAGGGCUUUGUCAACAACUAUCCAGUGGUGUCCAUCGAGGACCCGUUUGACCAGGACGACUGGGAGGCCUGGUCCCGUCUUACGGCCCAGGUGGGGAUCCAGGUUGUGGGGGACGACCUGACGGUGACCAACCCUAAGAGGAUAGAGAAAGCUGCUGAGGAGCGAGCCUGCAACUGCCUGCUGCUCAAAGUCAACCAGAUCGGCUCCGUCACUGAGGCCAUACAGGCGUGUAAACUGGCUCAGGCGAAUGGUUGGGGUGUGAUGGUCAGCCAUCGUUCAGGAGAGACAGAGGACACCUUUAUCGCCGACCUGGUGGUGGGACUCUGCACUGGACAGAUUAAGACUGGCGCCCCCUGCAGAUCUGAGAGGCUGGCCAAGUACAACCAACUCAUGAGGAUUGAGGAGGAGUUGGGAGACCAGGCUCGCUUUGCAGGCCAUAACUUCAGGAACCCCAGCGCCCUGUGAAACUGACAGACGAAUGACUCACACACACACACACACACACACACACACACACACAUACAUACACUGACAGACAUGACAAACAUGGAACAAGCCAUGUACAAUGAAAGAUCACACAGAUUUCUGAAAAAACACAAGAGCAAAAGAGCCAAGCAAAAAUAAAUAAAUAAAUGAAUAAAUUAUGCACUGGACUUUUAGUGCUGUAUGCACACACACACUUACACACACAUAAAGUACGCAGAUGCAACACGCGCUCACGCACAUGCAGGGGAAUACCAUAAAAAUAUUAAAUCUAUAAGCCAGACAUGCACUGUUACUGUAGUUUCAAAGGAAUAGUUCAUGUACAGCCAGAGGACAGACCUGCAAAAAUAAAGAUUAUUGUUGUAAAAACAGAGAGAGAUAAAUAAAUAGAGAUAUAAUCGAAUAAUGUAGACUGAAGCACGCAACUGAAAGACAUGAAAAAAAGAAAACCUUCAACGCCAAAAGAGGACGAUGCAUUCGCAGAAAGAAACUCAAAACAGCUGUUUCAGGGACUGAGUGAAAAAACAACACAACUACACAAACACCUGAACACUUACACACUCAGUUGUGUCACACUCUCACCUGGACACUGAAGUACCUGCACUACACCCACUUCUGUCCUCCUCCCUCCCUCUUUUUGUCCCCUUUUUCUUCUUGUCAUGUCUGUUUCUCAGUUUCAAACCCUCUUUUUCUUCCCACCCUGAUGUGAUUCUGAUUAUUUGUCCUUUUUGCUUGAAUUCUUGCCUUUGUCCUAAAGAAAACGAAAGAAAUCGAAAUCCUGAAUCCCUUCGUUCCUUCUGUUCUUCCUGAAUGUUCAUAGAAUAGCUGUGUUGAAAAAGAAGAAAGUAAAUAAAAAAAAAACACAGAACGCUUGUCAUUGAAAAUAAUGUGAAAAUAUGUGAAAUAAAAAGAUGUAUUUACAAUUUCAAUCACA